CCGGGUUGGUAUCGUAGCUCCGGUUAGACGCUGGAUCGGGUUUCAUAUACAAGGUCGUGCACUAACUGUAGCUGCUGCUGAUAGCUUUCAUAUGGAUGUCUGUUGCUAGGCUGUUAAGCUCUUUGGGUCGAGCAGGUUUCUUUCCGGAAACUUUACUGCUACUUGUGAUACAGCCUUUGUGUUGUUUGAUAGGUUGAUUGAAUUAGCAACAUGAUGGCUUCCACUUUUUUUAGAAGCAUUCAAAACCAUCCUUUGUUGCUAUACCAGACUGCAUUGUUUAGAAGAAAGAAUGGUGUUUUAUAUUGCACGAUGAAAGGCACAGAAGCCCAAACAGCCACGCAAGAAAAGCAAAAGCCCCAAAUCAAAGUUCCACCUCGUACUCAGACCAAAACAAUUGACAAAAUCUCAAAAGAUUACGAAGCAGUCAUUGGUAUAGAAACCCAUGUCCAGCUCAACACUCUCACCAAAGCCUUCUGUAGUUGCCCUUACAAUUAUGGGUCUCCACCAAACACCAGUGUUUGCCCCAUUUGCAUGGGUCUACCUGGUGCUUUGCCUGUCUUGAACUCGAAGGUCAUUGAGUUUGCUGUGAAAAUGGGUCUUGCUCUCAAUUGCAAGUUGUCUUUCAACUCAAAGUUUGAUAGGAAACAGUACUUUUACCCCGACCUUCCAAAGGGCUACCAAAUAUCUCAGUUUGAUGUUCCUAUUGCAACUGGUGGCUACAUUGAUGUGGAUCUUCCGGUGGAGUUUGGCGGUGGGCAUAGGAGGUUUGGCAUUACUAGGGUUCACAUGGAAGAAGAUGCAGGGAAGCUACUUCAUUCAGAAAAUGGAAGUUAUUCAGAGGUUGAUUUAAAUAGAGCAGGGGUGCCCUUACUUGAGAUUGUUUCCGAACCUGAUAUGAGAACUGGUAUUGAAGCUGCAGAAUAUGCAGCAGAAGUACAAAGGUUAGUUCGAUAUUUGGGAGUGAGUAAUGGCAAUAUGCAAGAAGGUUCACUUCGUUGUGAUGUGAAUGUCUCGGUUCGACCAAUUGGGCAGUCACAGUUUGGGACCAAGGUUGAGAUAAAAAAUUUGAACUCUUUCUCAUCAGUUAGCAGGGCCAUUGAUUUUGAAAUUUCAAGGCAGGUGCUUCUUCAUAGCCAAGGCCAGUGUGAUCAAAUUAUACAGGAAACUCGUCUCUGGGAAGAAGGCGCUCAGAAAACAGUCACAAUGAGGAAAAAGGAAGGCCUUGCUGAUUAUCGAUAUUUCCCAGAACCAGACCUUCCAGGAGUUAUCCUCACUAAAGAAUAUGUGGAUAGUAUUCGUGAUUCAUUGCCAGAAGCUCCUGAAGUGAAGCGUCGGAGGUAUGAGAAGAUGGGCCUAAGCAUGCAAGAUGUUCUUCUCCUUGCAAAUGACAUUAAUGUUGCACAAUUUUUUGAUGCAACUAUUGCAAAGGGAGCUGACGUGAAGCUAGCUGCCAAUUGGAUAAUGGGUGAUAUUGCUGCCUAUAUGAAAAAUGAAAAGUUGACCAUAAAUGAGAUUAAGUUAGUUCCCCAGGAGCUAGCCGAGUUGAUAGCUUCCAUAAAAGGUGGCACUAUUAGCGGGAAGAUUGGGAAAGAGAUAUUGUUUGAGCUACUAGCCAAAGGUGGAACUGUCAAGGGACUAAUAAAAGAAAAGGAUUUGGUUCAGAUAGUAGAUCCUCUGGAGAUUGAGAAAAUGGUAGAUAAAGUGCUUGCUGAGAACCCAAAACAGCUGGAGCAAUAUCGUGGUGGCAAAACAAAACUACAAGGUUAUUUUGCUGGCCAGGUAAUGAAAGUAUCGAAAGGUAAAGCGAGUCCCGGUCUUCUAAACAAGAUCCUUUUGGAGAAAUUAAAUUCCAAAAGCUGAUGAUUUUGUCGGUUCCAUCAUAAAAACUGGUAUUUCCUUGGGUCUUGCUAGAAGAUGCAUUUACUGGAACCUUCGUUGUCCCAGUGAUCUGAUUUUGCAAACAAUGACGGCCGAUGAGUUUAGCUGAUGAAUUAUAUCACAUAUCUUUGCCUCCUGAUGGUAAAAGCAUAUCGUUACUCUUAACAUGUUUGAGCUUUAAUUCUGAACUCACGAUACUUCAUGCCAGCUUACAGUUUAACCUGUCCAGUGCGAACAUGGAAAGGAAUUGCUUGGGAAAGACUCGGGCUGUUACUUGCCUUGUCACACACACAUAUAUAUAUAUAUGGGAUAGAUUAAUAGUGACUGUAAGCACUAUGGUUUUGAUAUUUAUGUAUAUGUUGUAAGAAUUCAAGUCAUUCUUGACUUUGAACUUUCAUUCCUUUCACUUGAUGUUUAUAAUUUGAAAGAAAGGGCUAGGGCAUGGAAUGAAAAAGGUUAUUCCAUUGUAAUAACCAUUCCUU